UUAGACGAUCUCGUUAGAUUCGGAGUGGUAUUGUAUAAUUGGAUAACAUUUACUAAAGCUAAGAAUAUAUAGCAAACAUAUUUUCAAAACAUUCUUUUGAAAGAUGUUGUAUAAGUUUUUUUCUCCGUUAUGCUGAGUUUCGAUACAAAUAAGAAAUUUAAUAUCAGUACACGAAUCAAACGUCGUACAAAAAACAAUAUGCUUUAUUAUUCUUGCUAAAAAGAUCUAUGUAAACAUAAUCGAAGAAGAUUUUGUAUAUGUAAUAAUACAUAAUUUUCAGAUUACUUAGAUAUAUAUUUUAUCCUAAUCAAUUGGCGCGUAGUUUAAUUUAACGUGAAAUUAUGUUUAAAAAGAUUUAUGUUUUAUAUGAAUUCAUGUAUCAUUCGCAGUUCCGCGUCAGUUUCUAUUUUAGCUAUAGUCAUUGUUUUCCAUUUAAUCUUAAUCAUUGUAAUUGAGUGCAAUAUGAACUAUGCCGAUUUUGCUUAAGAAACAUCUGCGACAAAUACCACUAUAUUACCCCGGAUCUUAAAUAUAAAAAAAAGUUCUCGAGCGAUGGGAGUUCUGUGUGUUUAUCUGUGCUUGAAUCGGGAAGAUGUUUAAAUUAAGUUUUUUAAAAAUUAAUUUUAAAUAAUUUACAAUAUUUGUGUAUUGUCUAUAUGAAGAGCAAAAUGUUACAACUCUAGCGAUCUUGUAAGGCUAUGUAUUUCGUAUUUACACUUAAGAUGCAAUGAAAUUGGUAAGCUUGGUUCUGCGGCACAUAGUUGUGUCGUGCAAAGUUACCUAAUUAUAUCACGUAUUUAAAAAAGCACUCGACAUUGAAGAAUACGGUCAAUUCCUAUAAAAAGUUUGCAAUUUACAUCUAACCAGUUCCCGCAUUACCAGGCUUACAUUAAUUGUGUAUAAUAAUAACAAUGAUUAUCGUAUAAACAGGAGGAAAAUGAUAAGAAAUUGCGGGUGCAUGCGAGUGCAUGUGAGUGCAUGCGUCGUAUGGAGUUCUAUGUACGAUAAUGUUCGUCGCUCCAUAGGAGUCUAGAUUAAUAUAUUAUAAUUACAUUACUAAGUAUAUUUAAACAGUUAGGUAUCAUGUACUAUUUAAAGUAAUGAGGGAAAAAACUGAUUAUACUGCAGGGUCACUGCAUGAGUGACAUAUAAAUGUAUGUUACAUACGGAAUGUAAGAUUUUCACUAUAUUCAUAAGAGAAAAACGCAUUAAGUUUGUGCAAAGAUAUCAUCUAUAAAGGAAGAACAAAUAUAUAUGUAUAAUAUAUAUACUGCUCAGGCUUAUAUACAUUAUGUGUAUAUACUGAAAUCGAAUACAAAGAUGAAAAUGAUGCCGCACCGGACACACUUGGAGCAAGUAAUAUUUCCAAUGGUAUGUGUAAAGAAUUCCUCCGCAAUUUAAUCGUGGCAUCACUCCUUGCAAUUUGCUAUAAAAUUUAAGAAGGAAUAAAUAGAAAUAAUGUUUAUAUGAAUUAUUAAUAAUAGACGUUAUAAAAAUAAAAUUAAGAGUUGGUUCAUGCUUUUAAGAGAUUUAGUUUCGUGCUUGUUUGAGAAAGCAGCAAGCAAAUAUCAGAUCCUAUUUUUCUCUUUGAAUGGAAGCGAUCUUGUGCUGUAGAGCAAAUAUAUAUUUUGAAUGGCAUAGUCAAUACCACCUUUACUUUUACAUGAAUACUUGAAUUCUUCAUUUUAUGUAAAUUACAUAGUAAUUACACAUUUCUGGUGUUGCAAAAAUCUAAAACAAGCGCUUCGAUUCAAAGUGAAAUAUGGCGGUGAAGGAAAGAAUUCAAAAUAUGAUUUACUUUAGAUAGAACAAAAUAUGUAUAGAAUUUUAUUAUGCACCAUUGUAAUAUUAUGUAUCCCAGUUGUGACACAAUAUACACUGGUGUUAUGUUAAAUGUGAACACUAUGCGUCUUGUCUUAUAUGUAACAAUUUCCCAUGUUUUAGUUAUAACUUGCAAAUAAAACAAAUACAGAUUUUAGUAUAA